AUGGCAGGAAAUUUGAAGAAAGGCGGGGGGCUCAUUGGUAUGAUGAAGGACGCUUUCCAGCCCCACCAUCACCUCCACCACUCCCAUCAUCAGCCUGGAGCCGUGGACAAGAAGACGGUGGAGAAAUGCUGGAAACUUAUGGACAAGGUGGUGCGGUUAUGCCAGAACCCAAAGCUGGCGCUGAAGAACAGUCCGCCGUAUAUCCUGGACCUGUUACCAGACACCUAUCAGCACCUCCGCACUAUCCUGUCCCGCUACGAGGGCAAGAUGGAGACGCUGGGCGAGAACGAGUACUUCCGCGUCUUCAUGGAGAACCUGACAAAGAAGACAAAGCAAACCAUCAGCCUCUUCAAGGAGGGCAAGGAGCGGAUGUAUGAGGAGAACUCCCAGCCCAGACGUAACCUGACCAAACUAUCACUGAUAUUCAGUCACAUGUUGGCAGAGCUCAAAGCCAUUUUUCCCAAUGGCUUGUUUCAAGGGGAUAACUUCAGGAUUACUAAGGCAGACGCUGCCGAGUUCUGGAGAAGAUCAUUCGGAGACAAGACUAUAGUUCCCUGGAAGGUGUUCCGGCAGGCACUGCAUGAAUUCCAUCCAAUCAGCUCUGGCCUGGAAGCCAUGGCGCUCAAGUCCACCAUCGACCUCACCUGCAACGACUACAUCUCCGUGUUUGAGUUCGACAUCUUCACCAGGCUCUUCCAGCCAUGGUCCUCGUUGCUGCGGAACUGGAACAGUUUGGCGGUGACUCACCCCGGCUACAUGGCCUUCCUCACCUACGACGAGGUCAAGGCACGACUGCAGAAGUUUAUCCAUAAACCUGGCAGCUACAUCUUCAGACUCAGUUGCACACGACUAGGCCAGUGGGCCAUUGGCUACGUCACCGCCGACGGGAACAUCCUGCAGACCAUUCCUCACAACAAACCUCUCUUCCAGGCCCUUAUCGACGGAUUUCGGGAAGGAUUUUACCUGUUUCCUGACGGCCGCACGCAGAACCCAGACCUCACGGGCCUUUGUGAGCCCUCUCCACAAGACCAUAUCAAAGUUACACAGGAGCAAUAUGAACUGUACUGUGAGAUGGGCUCCACCUUCCAGCUGUGUAAGAUCUGCGCUGAGAAUGACAAAGACGUGAAGAUUGAGCCGUGCGGCCACCUCAUGUGUACUUCUUGCCUUACGGCCUGGCAGGAGUCUGAAGGCCAAGGCUGCCCAUUCUGCCGCUGUGAGAUUAAGGGCACAGAGCCCAUAGUGGUAGAUCCCUUUGACCCCAAGGACAACAGCGGGGGCUCGUCCGGGGGCUGCAGAGGAACGAUGGGGGCGGAGGGAGCCCCGUCGCCCAGUUACGACGAUGACGACGACGAUCGCCUGGAAGACCCCCACCUCAUGAUGAGCAAUCUGGCCGGAGCCAAAGUGGAGAGGCCUCCUUCUCCUAUGUCCAUGCCUCCUCAAUCAUCCCUGCCUCCUGUACCUCCUCGCCUUGACCUCCUUCAGCACAGAGCACCCAACCCUCCAGGGGCAUCCAGCCCAGGAGCUACAUCCAAGGCUCCCUCUCAUCAUAAGGACAAGCCCUUGCCGCUCCCCCCAGCCCUGAGGGAUCUCCCACCCCCACCACCUCCAGACCGCCCCCACUCCGCGGGCCCCGAUGGCCGCCUGCAGAGACGGCCCCUGCCCAGCACUCCAGGAGAGCCGCCGCGGGACAAACCGCCCCCGGCCCCGCCCAACCGCGGCAUGGUCGACUGGAACCCUCGGCCCGUGCCUAAAGCGCCCUCCCAGUCGCCGGGCACGGGCGACCAGCGGGGCGUACGAGAGCUGUCCAACCGCCACUCCUUACCCCUCGCUCUGCCCUCUUCACUUGACGCCCGGGCAGACGGUCCAAGGAACAACAGCACACUCAGCCUGGACCAUCAGGCGAGUUUUGGAGCGUCUGCCUCUGUUGGGUCAGAGUACGACAACCCUAAAGUGAAGCCCUCUGCCUCAGCUAACGCCAUAUAUUCUCUGGCGGUCAGGCCUCUCCCUGCGGUGAAGCAGCUGACAGGAGAAGAUGGCUGUGAAUCUGAUGAAGAGUCUGAAUACAUGACCCCGUCAUCUCGGCCUGUUCUGACUGCCACCGGCUCCGUUCACGGGGAAACCGUGCCUAGACCUCCCCAGCCUGUCCCUCUCGGCUCCAGGCCGAUUCUGAGUGAUGUGGAGUCAGAGGGUACUCAGAUGUAUGAGGCCAUGUACAACAUUCAGGCUCAAGCUCUCUCUCCCUCACUAUCUCACCAUGCCAGAGACUCAGAUUAUUCGGAGCUGCCUCCGCUGGCGAGCACUAACGGACCGCGGGAUCCUGCGUCGGAGGAAGAAGAGAACGGCUACGAUUUCCCCAAACCGCCGCUGCCCGUGGCACCUGCGCGGCGCACGCUCUCAGACAUAGGCACCCCCUCCGCCACCUUCAGCCGCAUCUCUCUGGACAGUGACCUGGGAGCAGCAGCCUCUUUCACUCCUGACUGUGAAGCCCCCGAGCGCCCCCCCAAGCCCCUGCCUCGUCGCAUUAACUCGGAACGCCGGCCCAGCCCCGUGCCUCCGGCGGCGGCCACGACCUCAGCCAGCGCGGUGAUCAACCCUCACAUCACCAGCGAGAUCGAGCUCCUGAUGAGUCAAGGUUACUCGUACCAGGACAUCCAGAAAGCUCUGAUGAUUGCACAGAACAAUAUCGAGAUGGCCAAGAACAUCCUCCGCGAGUUUGUGUCCAUUCCCUCCACGGCUCACAUCCUAACAUAACGGCCCGUCUGCCCACCCACCCCUGUCUACCCCCCAAACCCCAAACCC